CACCCUGCCCUGCCCCCUGAGGAACACAGGCAGGGGGCGGGGGGUUUCCCAACUAUUUAAGCAGAUUCCAACAGAUGGUCGAGGAACUUUCCUCUGAGGGUCACGUUGCUGCUCCUAACGGACCUGACUGCUUCUCCCUCCCUGAGAAACGUCCUUCAGCUACGGGGAACUGCAGUCUCUCUCCCCAGACCACCUGAACUACAUUCAGAGGGCCAGACUGAAGCUGUGCGCACACCACGCCAUCUGUCCUCCUCACUCUGGAAACUUUGUGUCCUCGCUGCAGGAUCAGACGUCCAGCUCUUCACUCAGCAGCACGGAGGACUGAACCAUGCCCUCUGACUUUCUGACACCUUUCCUGGAACUGGAUGAAGAGUUCUUCAAGAAUUUCCGUGGCCUGGAGGCGACAGAUGGCUCGCAGCCGCAACAGCAACAGAGUCAGAGAGUCCUGGGCUUCCAGCGCCGCCACUCUCUGUGCCCCGUCACCCUCCCCAACUCCAAGUUCAACAGCAGCUCCGAGGGGACGGAGCCGACCGGCUGGGGGCUGAGCGCCGCCUCCACCCAGCAGUGGAGCCGGGACAGCCAGCUGCCCCGCUCCUCGCUCAGCCACAUUCCCUUCAGAGUGGACCGCUCCAUCAGCAUGAUCGAGGGCAACCUGGGCUUGGACGGCCGAGAGGACAAAACGUCCAGCCUGUCCCCCAAAGUGCUGCUUCCGCCGCCUGGCUUCUGCCUGAGUGCCACCUCUCUGUCCUCCAUCACCUCCCCUUGCUCCCCCAGACCCCCGGCCCCCUCGCCGCACAUCUCCACCCGGUACAAGACUGAACUCUGCCGCACCUUCGAGGAGAGCGGCACCUGCAAGUACGGCGCCAAGUGCCAGUUCGCCCACGGCAUGGACGAGCUGCGCGGCCUCAGCCGGCACCCCAAGUACAAGACGGAGCCGUGCCGUACCUUUCACACCAUCGGCUUCUGCCCAUACGGCGCCCGCUGCCACUUCAUACACAACGCUGAGGAGCUCCUCGCCGCCAACGGUGGCGCCCCCCCGCAGAAACCCAAGAUGAGGCCUCCUCUGCUGCGCCACAGUCUGAGCUUCGCAGGCUUCUCCUCCUCUCCACAGACCUUCCAGCCUGUGGAGGAGUCCCAACCAUCCUCCCUCUUCACCCGGGCCUCCUCCGUGUCCCCUCCUCCGUCCUCCACAGGCAGCCCAGAGCUCCUGUCCCCUCUUUUCCCUGAGCCCGGGACGCUGAAGCAUUGUCCCUACCCCUUCUCCGGCAUCACCGACCUGGCAGGGGACGGCGGGGACUCGUCUCUACGAUUCUACGCUGUGACAGACUCCGUCAGCUCCGCCCGGUCCACGUUCCCCUCCAAAGGUCCAAACUUCCCGUACCACCACCUCCCCCAGCAGCUGCCCGUCCCCCAGAGUGGCCUCUCCGGCCUGCAGCGCUGCUCCUCAGCUGACUCCCUCUCUGAGGAGGGCUACACCUCCUCCUGCUCCCUCAGCUCUUCCUCCAGUGGCACAGAGUCCCCGAGCUUCGAGGGCCGGCGCCUGCCCAUCUUCAGCCGGCUGUCAGUCACAGACGAGUAA